UAUGUUUAUGUUUUGGUUUGUCUGUGUUUAGGUUAGUUAGUUUAAUAUUAUUAACUUAAAUGUACUUUUAGUGUACAAAUGUAAUUAAUAUCAUUUGUCAAUAUCGGCAUAAAAGCAGGUCCGCUUAUACCCUACCCACAGAUAGUAUAAAACGAAGGUAAUUCAAACAUGGAUGUACUGAGACCCCCGUUGAUUGAUGUGGAUGGACGACUUUACAGAAUAAACAAUCCUGAGUUGGAAUAUUAUGAAACUCGGCAAAGUGGAGUGGAGUGGGAUGACUAUUCAUCGAACUAUAAUAAUGAAUGUACCCAAGAUGAACCUUGCGAUGGACCGGACCAAUAUGUAAUAGUACUUACAGACAGUGGAAGAUAUAAAACUGCCUUCCAUGUUGCAAGAGUUUACUAUGGACCAAUUAUUGGAGCCAAAGGCCAAAACAGGAAACGUCUUGAAGAUGAGACUAAAACUAUAAUCAGAGUUCCUCGACACCCACAGGAUCAAGAUAUAGUGAUCACAGGAUCUAGUAGGGGGGCAGUGGCAGCAGCUCGUAGAAGAAUAGAGAUGACGGUGAUGUCUUAUCGGAGCAAACAACAGGCCACUCACUUCAUUUCCAUACCCAUGAUCAAUCCUGAAGUCAAGGCGAGACUCAAUGAGUUUAAGGAUAUAGUUCUAAAGGACUACCGGACGAGAGGUGUGGAUGAGUCAAUAUUCCAGAAUCCUGAGAAGUUGCAUCUGACUCUAUGUACAAUGGUUUUGAAUGACAAUUUUGAACGUUCUGAAGCUGUCAGAGUCAUGGAGAGUUGUAAAAGAGAUGUUAUUGACCCUCUAUUGCAAGGCAACUCAAUAACCAUUUUACUCUCAGGGAUUGAGUACAUGAAUGAUGACCCAAAUGAAGUUGAUGUCCUUUAUGCCAGGGUCCAUGCAAAUGAAAUUCUGCAGAGAUUGGUUGACGAUAUUGUUGAUUAUUUUUUCAAUGCAGGACUGAUCGAUAAACAGUUCGAGAGAGUAAAACUCCACGUAACCAUCAUGAACACCUUGUUCCGAGACUCGAGAAAAGAAAGUAAUGGAAAAUAUAAGGCUAGAGAAACAUUCAAUGUUGCUCCUAUGUUAGAGGCGUUCAGAGACUUUCAGUUUGGAGAGGUGACCAUCGACACUAUACAUUUAUCUACACGUUUCACAACGUCUUCAACUGGAUAUUACCAGGCCACUACGGAAAUAUCGUUAUACUUGUAAAUACUGUAUUUGUAAUAUUGUGGUUAGUUAACGUGCAAUGUUUUUUCACUUAAAAGUUGUUAUAUCAUUAAGUUUUUAUAUUUAAAGUAGAAACAGGAAUUGUAUAGUUUACUUUUUGUAUGAUAAUGCACUGAAAUAAACUUUAAAAAUA